AUGGCACCUGUAAAGCUUGCAUGGGACCGUCUCAUCCGCUACGUCUCGGCUACGGAUGGGCAGAUCCGCUACGGCGAACCCAUUCUUGAGCCUACUGAAGUGGAAGAUAUUGCGCAACUGGCAGCGGAGGGAAAGUUGAAAGUCAAAGUGUUGGAGGGUACCGACCCCGUCAGUGUCGAACGCACCGAUAAUGUCGACACAGUCAAAACUCUCCUGGGACCGAUCGAACCCAAGAACACACCUAUCUUCAGAUGCAUUGGCUUAAAUUACAAGUCUCACAUUCUUGAAGCUAGUCGUUACCUGCCACCGUACCCGACCACUUUCACCAAGCCUAGUCAUUCAGCAGCCGACCAUGGUGAAGAUAUUCCAAUUCCAUCAUUCGCGAUCAAGAAGCUUGACUAUGAAGGCGAGCUCGCUCUUGUAAUUGGGAAAGACUGCAAGAAUGUCAAGGAAGCUGAGGCCCUGGAUUUUGUGGCCGGCUACACUGCAACCAAUGAUGUUAGUGCUCGCGAUUGGCAGAGAGAUCCGGAGCUCGCAGGACCCGUGCCACAAUGGACUUUUGGUAAGUCACUGGACAAGUUCGCUCCACUCGGUCCAGUCCUUGUCGCUGCUCACGUCCUGGGAGCUGCCGACACGUUGUCAUUGAAGACAUAUGUCAACGACGAACUCAGACAGCAAGGCAACACAUCGGACCUAUGCUUUGGGGUGAGACAGAUCAUUGCGUUUCUAAGCAAGGGCACAACAUUGCAGAAGGGUACGGUAAUUAUGACAGGCACACCGGGCGGUGUAGGUCUAUUCAUGAAGCCACCAAACUUCAUCAAGCAUGGGGAUACCGUCUCGGUAUGGGUGGAGAAGAUCGGAACCCUGACGAAUCGGUAUGUAGUCGUGGAUGAAUAG